AUGUACCUUCUAACUGCCCGCCUCCGCGCUCUCCCCACCCGCGCCAGCGUCCAGACCUACGCGCAGCACCUUAUCGACCACUUCUCGCAUAACGCCGAGCACCGCAUGGAUGUCCUGCAUGACAUGGGCACGCGCUCUGUACGUAAUCCUUAUCUGAAGGAUCUGUAUAUCCAGUGGCGGGGGAUCAUCGCAGCGUACGACGAGGGCUUGGUGAAGGGGGAUGCGGUGCUGGGGGCUGCUGUUUGGCGGAAUCUGUGGAAGGCGAGUACCACGGGGCAUGAUGGGCAGGAUGUGGAUUGGACCAAGAUCGCGUGGGUGGUGGCUUAUAUGCGGAGGGUUUCGGCGCAGUUGGCGAAGAUGGAUGAAGCGGAUAUUGCGAUUGCGUUGAGUCAAGGCAAUGCGGAGGAGCAGGGAAGGAUUUUUGGCUAUUCGGUCAUUGAUAAGAAGAUGGCGAGUGCAAAGUCGGGGUAG